AUGAAAUUGACGGGCCUCGUUUGUUCCAUCACAAUCUCCAGGCAUCAAUCUCCCACCGAAAUCUACGGACAAAAUCAGGAAAGCACUCCCAUCCAUCAUCCACAAUUCCUGCAUCACCGGACACCUCCAGCGCGCUGCUCGAGCUGCGUUACAGAAACCCAAAGACUACCUGACACCAACAUUCUCAACGCCUACCGCACUGAUCAUUGCGAACAAGGUCCUGGUUCCCACUUCCAAGAGCAAGGCCAGCAGCAAUUCCGCCGAUCUGCUCGCCAAUAUCAUAGAGUUGCGUCCACCUAUCCACUGGGCAAGGAGACGUACGCAACGAGGGCACUUGCCGACAUGGCCACCCCCGUCAUGGACGUACACGAUGAGCCCUCGACAGUUGUGAUGACGCUCUAA